AUGGCGACCACGCUUGGUGCGGACGCUUGGGACACCGCAUGUGCCAUUUCACUGCUCAACGAGGGGCGGGGUGUGCAGCUGGUCAUGUCACCACCGGCCUCGGAGCCGGCUUCUGAAGCGCAUGAGCUCGUUGGCAGGCCACAGGAGAUGCACGAGCAAGUCGCCAUCUGCGGCACCUCGCGAGAAUCCCCCAGCUGUCCCGCAGCCGGGACCGCCUUCAACGCGGCUGCUGCCGCCCUCCCGGGCUCAGCCCUUUUGGAUGAGGCGCGGCGCCGCGCCCUGCAGGCGGCCCUGCAGCCCCACUAUACAACGCCAAUCCCGGGGCCGGUGGGAAGGGCGUUGAUUGGCCCCACCAAGCGCCGCUUCUGGGCCUAUGUCAAGGGCAAGGCAGAGCGGGCGGUACGGCGAAGCGAGGGCUGCGAGAAGGGUGGCGGCGGCUUGGCGGCUGCCCAAGUGGCUGCUUUGGGGAUAGGUGCAGCAGGCGCUGCAGCCGAGCCGUCUGAGCAGCCUGUGGUGGUGUGGGCGCCCAGCCUGAGAGACCCACGGGUCAUGCCCUUCUUGGGCCAGCGUCUGAAGGAGGUGCUGCUGCACGCAGUAGACGGUAUCAACGGUGGCGCUCCUGGCGGCGGUGACAAGAAAGGAGGCUGGUGGGACGCUCCCCCGUUGGUGCUAUAUCGAGGAAUGGUCCACCCAGAUUUGCCAGGUCUCAUCUUUUGGGGAGCGGAGUCGCACAUCUCCACAAGCCCCCUGGUGCGCCAGCUCCAAUCCCACUGGCUGCUGGCGCACCUGACACACACGCUGCCUCCGACGGCACCGGCCGUCAUGCGCGCGGACAUCGCCCGACAGAAGGCCUGGCGUGCCAACACCCUGGCGCACCGCCUCAUGUCGACCCAUGGGUCACUCGCUCGUAUCCAGGAGCACCACUAUAUCCAGCAGCUUCUGGCCGAUUUGAACGGACUGGUCGCCUGGAGUAGGGGCGACAUACUGCUGCCACAGGCAUCAGCUCGGCCUCAGGCGGGAAGGGGCGUGAGCUUGGCAGGAUCUGAGACGGAUCCAAGCCAGCAACAGCAUGUGGGCCUUGUGGCAAGGAAGGAGGGCCUGCUGCCGCGUGGAGCGCGCGAAGCUGCCAGCUCUCUUCAGCAACUACUACUGCAACGCUCCGGACGCAGCAGAUGGGGGUGGCUGCUACGGCGCAACGUGGGAGCGGAGGCGGAGGGAUUGGAUGGCAACGGCCGCACUAGCGCAGGCGCUGCUAGCAGCGCCGCCUGCAGCAGCGCGGGCCAGGCCCUUACAGUCGCUUCCGCGUCGCUAAGACUUGCCUUAACUUCAACCGGUGAUCAAGCCGGGCAGCAGGCAUCCACCCCGCGAAGCCCUCGCGCGUCUCUCCCUGGUUUCCACUCCUUACGGCAGAUCUUUGGUAAGCUGCAACCCGGCAGCGGCCAACUCAGCUGGCGCUUUCACCGCUGCAGCAGCAACGGAUGCGGAGCUUACACCAGCGGCCGGGGCCUGAUGGCGCAGCCCUACCUGCCUGCCAAGCAGCAGCCCUACCUGCCUGCCGCCCAGCAGCCCUACCUGCCUGCCAAGCAGCAGCUCCAGCUGCUCACAGAUCAGACAGCAAAUACGGAAAAGGGGGCGGCGGCGGCCACAGCCAGCGCCUUCUCCUUCGACCAGCAGCCUGUCAUCAUCACUCCUGGCCGCCAUCAGACCAACAGCACCUCCCCGCCGUCCUUAUUACCCGCCGUGCAAUCGACAUGCGAAUGCGCCAGCAGCAGCUGGCCUGUUAAUACAAGCGAUGCCGCCAGCAGCUAUGACAACAACUUCAUCGGCAGGAACAGCAACGACACACAGGUCCAGCCGAUCACUUCGCCGCGUCCACCUAGCAGCAGCGGUGUUGGUUCACCCUGGGACCUGACGUCACAGUCCCCAUCCAUGGCCGCUGCAAUAACAAUUCUUAAGCACCAGCACCAGCAGCAGCACCAGCACCAGCAGCAGCCGCCAGGCAACGGCCUUCCGCAGGAGGCGCGGAAUACGAUGUACAACAGCACGCCGUUGCCACUGCUAUAUGCCGGCUACGGCUUUCGGCGCUCUGCGAUGGUUCCGGAAGAGGAUGAGGUUGGCGAGGGAUCCCCUUGGAUUAAAGUAGGUGAUGUAAGCCACCCCGCGUCACCCCCAGACGCUGCUGACCCCGCAUCGACCGCCGUCUCCCCUGCCGCCAACUCCUCCGUCAAUGCGCCGCGGCGAUUAGGCAGGCUCUGUAAUUUACUGGAUGGAGCAGUAUCGCAGCCACAACCGGCAGUGGACCCCGCGGGAAAGCGAGCUGAGCGGGCCAAGGAGCGGCACAUCAUCACAGCAGCAGACAGCCGCAGCUGUGCCACGGCGGGGCACGGCAGCAGUAGCGACACUCCCGCUCGCUCCAGCGUCACGCGCUCGUCGUCCCCAUCCUUGCGUCAACGCCACGUCAAGGAGACUCUAGGUGCCUGCGACAGAGCGGCGCCAGCUGUUGCGGUUGCUGGUGACGACUUCGCCGACGGCGCCAUGGGCGUUCUAAGGACCCAGAUCGCCGCGCUGCGUGCACACCUGCUGGAUCCCGCCACACAUCCCUUCCCGGACAUUCUCCCUGAACCUCCCGGAACUGAAUUUAGCUGUCGUCCCCAUCCCAGCCAUUACCACGGUGCUCUGCCUCGCAGCAGCCGCUAUCUGCCCAAUGUCAGAACAGUAGUAGCGCCAAGACGGCAAGGUUGCAGUAAGAGCAACAAGGGCGAGGCUCUGAAGUCAGCUGCAAUCAGCCAAGGCCUGGCUACGUCCCCCUCGGCGGCAGCGCCUCGCCCUCUAGGACAUCGAAGCAUGGCCGCGUCACUGGCGACCCACCUAGGGCUGAUGCAGCUGGGCCAAAAGGCUCUUGGCAGCGGACCGCAGCCAUCAUCACCACCAUCCCUGGUGGAAAAGGGCUGCAAUGGUGGUGGUGGUGGUGGUGGUGCUAGUGGUGGUGGUGGUAGUGGUGGUGGUGGUAGUGGUGGUGGUGGUAGUGGUGGUAGUGGUGGUGGUGGUGGUGGUGGUGGUAGUGGUGGUAGUGGUGGUGGUGGUGGUGGUGGUGGUGGUGGUGGUGGUGGCUGCGCCGGCGCCGUCCUCAACCCAGCGAGUUGUCCAGAUCAGUCCAUUCGCGGCAGGAAAGGGAGGUCAACACACGGACCUGAGCUGCGGGCACCCGCGCUGGUCGAGCAGAUGCAAGUAGCAAUGGCUGCCCUUGCGAGCCCAGCCGCUGCUGCCGAUAUCGUCCUGCCGUCAGCCGCCGUCAGCACCCCAACAAGUACGUCUCCCCCCUUCUCCUCACCCUUCAGCUGCAGCGUAGCAGUAGCAGGAACAGCAGACACGCCGUACGAUGUGUACGGCGCUCACCAACCGCCACCUGCAACUAGCAGCAGCCAGGAACCGGCCCACGGCGCUGCGUCAGUUUCCCCGGGGUCAGGGCCCCCAAACAGCACCUGCCGUGAUGGGCUCGCAAGGAGGAGCCUCCUCUGGGGCCUGUUCAGGCGGAGCAGCAGUCCCCUCACCGCGGCCUCCGUCGCCUCGGCCGCGAUGGACAGGACUUCGGAGCCGCUGGCCCCUCCCACCAGCCCCACCGCGGUGGCAGGGACGAGCAUUCGCGCAGGUGACAGCGAAAGUGCUGCUGCCGUUGCUGCUAGUGCUCGUGUUCUUGGUCGACGUCUUGGAGCCUCCCAACGCGCCAGCAUUGACGCCGGUAGUUGCACGCGCUUCAACACCGCUACUAGCACAGAAGAACACGCGGCCAGUGCCGCUGCGGGAGCGCACUCGCUGCCGCUGACUAAGCUACAGCUGUACGGCGACCACGUGUUGCACGGCGGCCCGCCGGCUGAAAGUACCGAAGGAAACUGGUACAGCGACAGCUGCAGCCCCUUUGGCACGGACAACAUCUACACGAGCAACAGUGGCGGCACGAUGAGCCAACUGUUUGCCGUUUACCUUCGUUCCCGACCCAUGGGUCACUAUGGCGCCCAGCAGCGGCAGCCAGGAAACAACGACGUCACCAAUGGCCAACACGGUACCGGGCUGGGGCAUCCCCGUAGUAGCCAGCAGCACCCCCCGAUGGACACCGGCUCCGGCGCCGGUUCCAACCUGAACAAACCGCGAAGUGGUCUCCUCCUUGGGGAUACAGAGACCGGCAGUAGCUGCGGGAGCCACCGCGGACGUAGUCGGCUGAGUGCCGGUGCCGUACCAUCAGGGGCUGCCAUGGGGACCAGAUCAUCUGGCGGAGGCGGAGGCGUGAUGAAGGUGCUCCGCGCCCGGGGUUCAAGCAUGAUGGGUGGGCCAGGUGGUGAUUGCGGCGCCAGGGACAGCGGCAACGACCCAUGGGGGGGACUCCUGGGGCGAGCUGCCGACGCUGCCGCCGUGCCGUACAGCAAAUCGAGCCAACUCACAAAGCUGUCGCCGCCCCCUCAUAUCGGCUUUGACUACGGGGGUGACGCUAGUACGGCAGAAUACGGUACGGCAAGGCAUAAAGAGGCGAGUCAGGCCGCGGCGAUGGCGGGUGUCGGCGUGCACCUGGGCGGAGAUGGUUCGAGCGAUUAUGAGGAUGAUGAUGGAAGCAAGGAGAGGAACUACGGAGCUGGCGGCGGCUGGUGCGGGGUUUCUUGUGGCGAUGGCAUUGGCAGUGCCGGCGGCGCCGCUUACGUCAGCGGUGGCAUCAGCGGCGGCGGCGGCGGCCCCGCACGCGACAUGCUGAAGAUGCUAGAAGAGGCGAACAUCACUGUCGCUGGCUCCAUUUGUGCUAGGUGGCAAUCCUGGCAGCAGCAGCAGCAGCAGCGUGUACGGCAGACAGUCCGCAACCUUGCACACCUGGGCGCCAGCCCGGACGCCAUCCCCUGCAGCAGUGCUCCGUUGCCGUACAGUAGUGGUGCGGCGGCGGCGGCGGCAGAGGCAGCGGUUGCGCCGUCGUCACCUCACCUUUCCGGUUCCAGCAGCCGGCAGCCCCCGUUGCUGCUGGCGCGGUCUGGCACGAUGUCUGUAGAGGGCAGUGGACGGCUGCUGCCGGUGGUGCCCGAGCAGUUGGCGGAGGCGGAGGUGGAGGCGCGGGCGGCGGCGAUGGCGCUUCCAGGUCGGCGCAGCCCGGCAUGGGUUAUCCGCCGCAUCAGCGAGGCCAAGCAGGAGAAGCUCGUCAACGAGUCAGUCAGUAACGACCAAAACACAAUGUUGCGUCGAGUCGGCCACCAUGCCACAAGACGCGACCGCUUACAAGUGCAACCACCGACAACGAAAGAGGGUUCACGCUGGCUGCCGUACAGGAAGGGGAGGGAAGGGAAAUGUAAACUGGGAGAGGAGGAAAACGCCUUCACGGGCGCCUCCGGGGCCCUUCACGGGCGCCUCCGGGGCCCUUCACGGGCGCCUCCGGGGCCCUUCACGGGCGCCUCCGGGGCCCUUCACGGGCGCCUCCGGGGCCCUUCACGGGCGCCUCCGGGGCCCUUCACGGGCGCCUCCGGGGCCCUUCACGGGCGCCUCCGGGGCCCUUCACGGGCGCCUCCGGGGCCCUUCACGGGCGCGGUCGCACACAGCAGCCCGAAAGUGAGCACAUGGUUGAAGGCGGCGCUGCAGCGAGGUUCUCGAGCAGCAUCUAUGGGCGGCGGGGCGCCGGAAUGUGGUCCCGCGGACGGCGGCGGUGGCGGCGGCGGCAGCGGCGGCGACGGAGACAAUUUCGGUUUCGGAAGUGAAGCGGCGGCUGGCCGAUAA